ACCCUAAUGCAAAGAAGGAAAAUAAGAAAGCAGACUAAAUCUGCUUUAAAAAACACAUUUCCAAGGUACCCUAUUUUGGUGAAGAUCUUAGGAAGGACAGUAGAGUUAAUGAAGAUGAGGUCACUGAAUCACCCCUCUAUGGAGUAAGGCAGCGUCUUCCCAAGUAUCAGGAACUCCUCACUGAAGUCAAGUGAAGGAGAAGAAUAGGGAACAAGAAAAAUUAACAGCAGCAUCAAUUACUGCAUUUCACAAAACCAGCCCUGGCACAUCAACAAAGAUGGAGUUGUCCAAGAAAUAAGGAGGUAUGGGAAUCCUCCAGUAUGGAGGAUGUGGAAAUGUGGUCCUUAUUUAAAUGAGGAACUAAAGCACAGACAUUAUUCAUGCUAAUACAGAUGAAGCAUCCUCAACUCCAAAAGCAGUCGGCAUAUAUCACAGAAGUAAACACUGACACUGCACCCCAUGAGCAUAAGGAUAUCUUUCAGUUUCAUUGCAGCUGGAGUCAGUGACUUCAUACUGAAAAGGCUGGAUUUUAGACUACAGACCAUGCCAGUUUGUAAUAUUAAAAUGCGAGUGUCUGCCAUUCAGGAGCUCAGGGAGGAUGAAAAUGAGGAUUGGGAAGAAGAAGAAAAGAUCUUCCUCAAGCCUGUUAUUGAGGACAGAAAUAUGGAACUGGCCCGAAAAUGCAGUGAAUUAAUAAGUGAUGUACACUAUAAAGAAGAGUUUAAAAAAUCUAAAGGCAAGUGCAUAUUUGUACCUGACACCCCGCAGCUAAAACAUGUGAAAAGCCUUGGUGCUUUUAUUUCUGAGGUGAAAUAUAAAGGAGCUGCUAAGAAAGACCUUUCCAACUCUCUUUAUCAGCAGAUGCCAGCCACAAUUGACAGUGUAUUUGCGAAAGAAUUAAUGCACCUUCAGAGCAAGGUUCUCUAUAAACAAAAACAUGAUGCUGAGAAAGGAUUUUCAGACUAUGCACGUAUGAGGGAACCUCCAGAUGUUAAACAUGCCAUGGAAGUCAGUAAACAGCAAAGUGAUGUAUCCUAUAAGAAGGAUGUGCAAGAUACUCAUAGGUACACUGAAGUGCUGAACAGACCAGACAUAAAGAAGGCGACUGAGAUAACGAAGAUAAUAAGUGAUGCUAAAUACAAGAAAGGAAGGGGAGAGCUGAAUAAGGAAUCUGCUGUACUUGGAAGACCUGAUUUUGAACACGCUAAAGGAGUUUCAAAACUUCUAAGCCAAGUGAAAUACAAAGAGAAGUUCAGUAAGGAAAUGAAGAGUCACCAGUACAAUCCUCUUGACACUGUUUCCUUCAAGCAAGCACAGAUUGCAUCCACUUUGGCGAGUGAUGUGAGCUACAAGAAAGAUUUAGAAAGCCUACACGAUCCAGCCUCUGAUCUACCAAACCUGCUGCAUUUAAACCACGCUUUAACUAUCAGCAAAACACAGAGUGAUGUCAAGUACAAGGAAAAUUAUGAAAAAUCUAAAGGCCGAUCAAUGCUGGAGUUUGUGGAUACACCAAUGUAUCAAGUUUCAAAGGAGGCUCAAAAGAUGCAAAGUGAGAAAAUGUACCGCAGAGAUUUUGAAGAGGGGAUCAAGGGAAGACCUUCACUGGAUUUAGACAAGACCCCAGAGUUCUUGCAUAUAAAACAAGUCACUAAUCUUCUGAAAGAGAAAGAGUAUCGAAAAGAUUUGGAAGAAGGGGUGAAAGGAAAAGGAAUGACAGUGUUUGAAGAUACACCAGAUUUGAUUAGAGUGAAAAAUGCAGCUCAGAUACUAAAUGAGAGGCAAUACAAGAAAGACUUGGAAACUGAAAUCAAAGGGAAAGGCAUGGAAGUUGGUCCAGAUACACCUGAGAUAAGACGAGCCAAGAAAGCUUCUGAAAUUGCAAGCAUGAAAGAAUACAAGAAAGACUUGGAGAAUGAAAUUAAAGGAAAGGGAAUGGAAGUGUGUACGGAUACCCUUGAUAUACAACGAGCCAAGAAAGCUUCUGAAAUUGUCAGCCAGAAAAUGUACAAAGAUGAAGCAGAGAAGAUGCUCUGUAACUAUUCUGCUGUCUCAGACACUCCUGAGAUGGAGAGGAUAAGAAGUACUCAGAAAAACAUCAGUUCAGUGCUUUAUAAGAAGGAAGUAGGAGCUGGCACAGCAGUAAAAGAUACUCCAGAGAUUGAAAGAGUAAAGAAAAAUCAACAGAACAUUAGUUCGAUUAAAUACAAGGAAGAAAUUCGGCAUGCAACAACUAUCUCUGAUCCACCUGAACUAAGGAGAGUUAAGGAAAACCAGAAGAAUAUUAGCAAUGUUCAGUACAAAGAACAGCUCUGCAAAGCUACACCUGUGAGUGUCACCCCUGAGAUGGAAAGAGUCAAGAGGAAUCAAGAGAAUGUCAGCAUGGUUCACUACAGAGAACAGCCUGGCAAAGCUACUGCUGUGAGUGUCACUCCUGAGAUGGAGAGAGUCAGGAAGAAUCAAGAUAAUAUCAGCUCGGUCAAGUACAGCAGUGAUCAGAGGCAGAUGAAAGGUAGACGUAGUGUGAUUCUAGACACACCUGAGCUAAGGCAUGUCAAAGAAACACAAAACAACAUCUCAAUGGUAAAAUAUCAUGAAGACUUUGAGAAGACAAAGGGCAGAGGCUUCACCCCAGUGGUAGAUGAUCCUAUAACAGAGCGUGUACGGAAAAACACCCAAAUUGUGAGUGAUGCGGCAUAUAAAGGUGUGCAUCCACAUAUUGUUGAAAUGGAUAGAAGACCUGGAAUAAUCGUUGAUCUUAAAGUUUGGCGCACAGAUCCUGGCUCCAUCUUCGACAUUGAUCCUCUGGAGGACAAUAUUCAGUCUAGGAGUCUGCAUAUGCUUUCUGAAAGAGCAAGCCGUUACAGUAAGCAGUAUUUACAUUCUACCAGUCUGGGAGAUUAUAAAUCAGAUGGCUCUGACACGAACCCUACCUUUUCUUACUGCAGUGAGAUAACAAGGCCAUCUGAUGAAGGAGCCCCUGUUCUCCCUGGGGCAUAUCAACAAAGCCAGACUCAAGGAUAUGGAUACAUGCACCAGACCAGUAUGUCAUCCAUGAGGUCCAUGCAUUCACAGCCUCAUUCAGCAAGUCUGAGAACGUACAGAGCUAUGUAUGACUACAGCGCUCAAGACGAAGAUGAAGUUUCCUUCAGGGAUGGUGAUUAUAUCAUCAAUGUGCAACCAAUUGAUGAUGGCUGGAUGUAUGGUACUGUUCAGAGAACUGGGAAAACAGGAAUGCUUCCAGCAAAUUAUAUUGAGUUUGUUAACUAAUUUUUGUCUCUAGUCCUUUGAGCUUUAUUAUGAUUUACUUAAAAUCUAACGUUUUAGAAGAAAUUAGAAGAAUCUUUUAAGAGUUCAUGAUCAUUAUUUUAUCACUACUGUAACAGUUUGCAUUCUCACUCAGAAUCCGUUUUAGAGUCCUUUAAAUGAAAAAAUAAAUAAUACACAAGAAGCUCAGAGCUUUGAAAACAGCAUUGUUGAUAAUAACAGAGUUCUCUCAAAAUGAAAAACAUAUAUGGAAGCCUGGUGCUGCCAGUCAUAUAAAGACUUCAAUCAAUUAAUUGUAAAGGGGUGAUGCCUUUUCCUUAAACCUCAAAGAUAUUAUAGCCAUAAAAUUGAUUCACUUCUUAUGGCACUCUGAAAUCACAAGAGGUUAACACGUUGAGUUUGAACACAUCUUCAAAUUAUUAGGGAAACGUUUAAUGUUAAGCAGUCAGCUUCCUAAUAAAAAUUAAUAUGUUGAGUAGAUAAUUUAGUCAUUUGAAAUAGAGACAGGUAAUAUGCCAGUAAAAAAAAAAGAAAAAAAAAUUAAAAAAAUCCCCUACUGCCUGGCAGCCUUACAGUAAAUAUAUCUAUUUUGAAAGCAAAAAUUUCCUGAUUCUUGCAUAUCCACAUUUUUUCUUGGAUUGGCCAUUUUUUUUCUUAUUUCCAAGUGAUCUAUUAGCUUUGCUUCCAUCCUAAUCCAUAAAUUAGAUCCAGGUCUGGAUUCAUGGCUCUUCAGUAUAUUUUCUGCAGAAGAUUCCUUGCAAAGACUAUCUAAAACAUAAAACCUGUCAGCUCUUCUGUUUCCUCGUAAUAGUACUUAGCAUUUAAAUAGGAACUUUCAUUAGGGCAACGUACAACCAAUACUUCAUGUUAGCUCCUUUACCGUCACCUGUAGUGCUGUAAAUAACUAUCCCACGUGCGGCCCCGGUGCUGUGCAGUCACACAGAGCCUGCAGUCACAUCCCCUUCUCGCCACAGGUAACUCGCUGAAUGGCUGCUUUGCUGAUGAGCCGAUGUCCCUCCCCCUGCCGCAGAAACACUUGUGUCUCCAUCGAGCAGUGGAGGAGAGCUCUGGUUCUUGUAGUGCACCUCAGAUCAAUAGCCUAUUGCUUCAGUUUGCUCCCAAAUUCUUGGUGAUCCAACAGUGGGUUGUACGCUUGCCAAAUGAUUAAUGAUGGAGAAGAAUUAUGUUUUAGUGAAUCUUUCUCACAACUGACAUUGAAGGGAAAGCUAACUAAGCAAAAUCCAACAUACUCUAUGCCAUUAUGUUUCAGUUUAGCCAUCUGUCGAAAGCACUUCAAAUAUUCUGCUGACAAACCUUCAAAUGUGUGCUAAUUUGGUGUCAGUUAACUUACAGCCAGAACUGAGAGAUCCAGGUCUCAGUCUGUGACGUUGGGAGAGCAUCUAACAGCUGGUGACACAGUGGAUCUGUAUGAGGGAUUUUGUCUGCAGGCUUGGGUCACAGGCAACUUGUUUUUCCUGAGACUGGGUGCUGCAUCCCCUUACAGGGAGAAAUUGUGGAAGGAAGGACAAAAGAGUUAAAGAUUCACGUGAGAAAUUAUUUAUGUGGAUGCAGAGAUGUGUAAGGAAGAAAAUAUUUUUCUGAUAUAAUAAUUUGUGGAGUUCAGCCAUGUGCUAAGGAAGUUAACUUUGGAUUAGCCCUCUGAAUAUUGAGUCUGCACUGGCUUUCUUUCAUUUCUAAAAUUUUUAAAGUAGAAUUAUAUAGAGAGCUUUUAGACAAUUUUGUAUUUCUCAUCUCACAUAGUAGGCAACCCUGCAAUAACUGUUUAAAUAAUAAAUAAGGAAUGAAGUAUGGAUUUGUUAUGUAAACUGAAAUUUGUCAAUGCAAAUACCUGCAAGUUCUAUUUUUAUACAGUUUUUGCAUAUAAUUUCUGAAGAAUUGGAAAGCUUAUGCAAUUUUAUUUUGGGUCUUGCUAACACAGGAAUGAUACCAGCCGCCAAGCAGAAUGGAAUGACUGCAUUAAAAAAAAAAGAAAAAAAUUAAAAAUGUCCAUGACUGUGGAAUUACCUGUGCUAUCUUGUCAGCAGCCUAAUUUCAAGUCUAAAGCUGCCCAGAGUAACUAACUUCAAGAAAUGUGUUUUAAAAGCAGAAUUCCAUGACUGUAAAUAUGCAGCUUGUAGAGCUGACUGCUGUGAUUUAAAAUUCUUGCAAGUUCUGCAUAAGGAGCUGCUCUUGCAACAGACCCUUGUGCAUUACUGGUGACGUCCACAUGAAAUCAGCAAGUCAAAUGGCUUGUCUAAAGGCUGAUGUGGCAUGCUGAACUAGAAGAUCUGAAACAAGCAGUUUGCUUCUGUGAUGGUUUUCAUCAUUGACCAUCAACAGCGAGGAGAGGAAUUCCAUCUUCUGCUGGCUGGUAAAUAUUUCAAAUGAUGCCUGAGGCACAAUUGGCUGUCCCUUGCUGUUGUGCUGCUCUGUUAGUUGUAUAAUGCUGACAACAAAAACAAGGUGUCAGUUUGCUAACCAAAUAUGAAUAAAAAAGAAAUAUAGAGAAUA